AUGGACCAAAAACAGAGGAAAAAGUCGUAGGAAGAGAUUUUACAAAUACCACAAAGGAAAACACAACGCGUAGCUGGAAUUCAGUAAUCAUUGGGUGCAAAUCACAUUUAUGAGACUUAUGUCGAAUGUCAUAAAUAGCAUCAAAGAUCAGAUAUUGUUUUUAUUGUAAUGUGUUUGAAAUUGCAUUUUGUCUUCAGUUUUUUGAACGACGCUUAAUUGAAUCAUUUAGCCAGUUAGAUGUUUUAUUGUAAAUUAUCAAAAGGACAAUCUAUCAUAAAAUAAGGAGAUGGUGCCAAUGCAUUCUUCAUAUUAGAAAAGGGUAAAAUAUAAGUAACAAUAAAUGGAGAAGCUAAGAAAUAAUUGAUAUCAGGAAAUGGUUUGGGCGAACUAGCUUUAUUAUAUGAUGCACCCAGGAGUGCCACUUGCACUGCUCUCGAGGAAUGUUAUUUAUGGGGAAUUGAUAGAACAACAUUUCGUAAGACAGUUGAACAGAUUAUGAAAAGUGAGUAUGAAAGAAAUAGAAAAUAUUUGGAAAAUGCAACAUUUUUUAAUCAUUUGACUAAAGAAUAGAAGGAUGCUAUAGGAGGCGUGUUGAUUUCUUAGAAAUUCUAGAUAAAUUAAAUAAUAGUGAAUAAGGGUGAUUAGGCGGAUUCACUUUUUAUUAUAGCUGAGGGCAAAGUCGGUGUGUAUACAGACGAUGGGCUAUUAAUUAGAAUGUUAUCCAAAGGGGAAUACUUUGGAGAAAAUGCUCUAUUGCAGGAUAAUUGUGUAAGGGGAUUAACAGUAAAGGCAAUAGAGGAAUCAAGACUUUUAGCUUUGGCGAAAGAAACGUUGACUAAAAUAUUGGGUGAUGGAGUGCAGAUGAUAAUUUACAAGAAUUAAUGCAAAUGGAUACUGUAGCAGUCGAAAAUUAAUUUGAUAAUUUAAAUUGAUUAAUUUUUGGAUUUAUUAACAGUUAGAAGAUUAAAAAAAGGAGAUAUCAUAAUCAACAAAGGUUAAUAACAUGGAGAAUUGAUAAUUGUGAUAGAUGGAAAAGUCAGUGAUUCUAAUUAAAGUACGGUUUGUGAGAAGGGCAGAAUCUUAUUGGAUAAAACUGUAGAGUCAAAUGGAAAUCAUGAUUAAGAUUAUUUAAUGUAGGAAGAUGGUAUAAUAGCAGCCAUUGAUUAUAACAUUGUUAAAAAGCAAUUUGGUGAAUAACAAUAAAUAUUAGAAAUAUAUGCAUAGGAAGCUCAUAAUAAAGUGAAUAAAGUAAAGGAUUACCAAUUAGAGGAUUUGAGUUACUUAAAAACAUUAGGAUGUGGAUAAUUUGGAAUGGUGUAUUUGUGUUAGUUUAAGAAUGAAAUACCAUUAUUUGCAUUAAAGAUAAUGACAAGAGCUAAUAUCAAGUAGUUUGGAAUAGCAAAACAUGUUGCAAAUGAGAGAAGAGUGCAAUCUAUUUUGGAUCAUCCUUUUAUUAUGCAUUUCUUCAGAUCAUUCAAAGAUGAAAACAACAUUUACUUGCUGAAUGAAUAUAUUCCUGGAAUAGAAUUAUUUGAUGCGAUUCGAGACAUAGGUUUAUUAAAUAAAAACGAUUCUUAGUUUUAUAUAUCAUAGAUGAUAUUGUAAACAGAAUAUUUGCAUACAGUGCAUCAAGUUAUGUAUAGAGAUUACAAACCUGAAAAUCUGAUUGUUGAUGAUACAGGUUAUUUGAAAUUGAUUGAUUUUGGAACUGCCAAAUUAAAUCAGCCAGGAUAGAAAACAUUCACUAUAAUUGGUACUCCACAUUAUAUGGCACCUGAAGUUAUUAGUGGUAAAGGAUAUAAUUAGAUGGUUGAUUUAUGGAGUGUGGGGAUUAUACUCUAUGAAUUCGUUUGUGGAGGAUUGCCUUUUGGAGAAGAUGCAGAAGAUCCUUUCGAGAUUUAUAAGGAAAUUACCAAGAAACCUUUGUCUUAUCCUUCCUAUAUGUCUGAUAAGACUGCCAAGAUUUUCAUUGAAUAAUUACUCAGUCGAAUACCAGAACUUCGUUUGGGAGGAUCAUAUUAGACAUUGAAGUAGCAUGCAUGGUUUAAGGAUUUUCAAUGGGAUGUAUUGAUUGCUAAGAAACUCAAACCAGCUUAUAAACCAGCAGCUAAUAAGAUAGUAACAACUGGAUAAGCUUAAGUGAUGAAAAAGAUACCAGUAGUAGAAUAAAUGCUUAAAGAUGCGUAAUACUUCAAAAAAUCAUAACCCAAUCCCAAAGAUAGUGAAUGGGAUAAUGAAUUUUGA